CUUUCACACAUAUCGUGUGAAUGUACCCAGCGUUGAUACUAUAUACUCCUGUUCGGUCGAGCGCUUCACGUGUGUGCUGACCGCCAGUGCUAUGUCUAACAAGAACAAGUCGACGUCUUCCUCUCCACAUCCCAAGGAAACCCCUUCCGCAUUCGUGUCACCUUUUAAUGAUCGGCAGUCGUCGGAUUCCUCGCCUCAAGCCCUUCAAAUCGUUAUCACGGAGCUCAGCAACGCCCCACACAUGGCCCCGCCAGGAUCAAGUCUUGAACCUACUAGUAUGGUCACUCCCAUUACAUCGUCUGGCGGUCCAUCCCAUUCGAAGAUGCCCCUAUUCCCCUUACGUCGUUUGGCACAGAGGGUCGGCAGAAAACUCAGCCCAAAUCGUGAUAGGUCGAGCAUCCCAGAUAUCAAAUCGUCCGAGUCAACUACACCCCUCGAGCCCUUGUCUGGCAAUCCAGGGCGCUCUUCAUCUUCCUUCCCUCUCUCAUUGGAUAUCGGUGAUCCUCGUACUCUUCCCAACACAUCUACAGUCCACGAUGGUGGUGCAAGUUUGCGCACACAACUGGCACUUGAAGGUAUCAGCGUGCCUCCCUUGGAGCCUAUGAAAGCGCCGCGAUCCAGCUCAAACAGCGAUCGAAAGAAAACAAUGAUUGGGACCACAAGAUUGACCCUUCAAACGGCGGCUUUUGUUCUCAAGUUUUCCCCGAUCCCAAAACUUGAUCAGAUCCCGAACCUACUUUUGACACUAUUGCAGAUUUACGAGAGUUUCGAUGAGAACGACACUAAUCUCAAAGGAUUAAAUGCAGAAGUCCAAAAAGCCUACGAGACCAUCCUGCAGCCGCUUCAAAUGUGGACCGGCCAAACGAAUGAGGCCCCACCUGAAGUAAUUCUGCUGGUUAAGGACUUUCACUCGAGCCUGGAAGGGCAGAUUAAACAGAUCCGAAUGCUUGAGAGUCAAAAGGUCGCUGAGAGAGUGAUCCUGGGUGCCGAGCUGACUCGGAAAAUAGGUGAAGUGAGGGCCUGCAUUGCCAGUGCGCUCUCGCGUUUUGCGACGAUGGCAACCACUCUAAACCUCCUCAACACGAUACGAGCAUCGGUAGAUUAUGAGCUCUCCAAACUCCGAAAACUCGAUGCCGAGUAUCACUACGUGAAGAGCAAGUCAGAAUGCCUCAAAACUACACGGGAUGAGAUUCGCAACUCGAUUCUCAAUCACCUGAGCGAGCCCAUGAACCGAUUUGUGUGGCUGCGUGGUUCACCCGGAACCGGCAAGACUGCGAUAUCUAUGAGUGUAGCCUCGAUUCUUGACAGCCAGUGUGCCCUCGCUGCGUCCUUCUUCUGGGACAAAAACCAAAAAGGAACGGGUCUCGAUUCGAUAGAACGCUUCCCUUCCACCCUUGCUCUACAGAUUGCGGCGUUCAAUGCUGAGUACAAGAGCUUACUUGUCAAGCAGCUUCGGCAGCCAGCUUCAUUGAGCAGUAUGCAGGGCUCUGCUGCAGAGAAGGAGAUGAAAGCCUGGAUCAUCCACCCUUUGCGUGAACUCCGGAAUAUGCUGUCCUCAAGGGUGGACCGCAUUGUGAUUGUAUUGGAUGGAUUGGAUGAGUGUGGUGACACGGAGACACUCAGAUCCUUGAUGAAGCUCAUCCUUCUGCUUGACGAGCUACCUUCGACCUUUGCUAUACUGGUCAGCUGUCGUCCCGAACUGCAAGUUGUUUCGGCUUGGGACCGGGCGGAAACGCAGCGUCCACCGAUUGUGAUUGCAUGCGAAGAUGUGGAUAAGAUUUCAAGGGAUGACACUUUCUACACCAUCCGUUGUAUGGUCGAGGACGGGCUUCAAGACUGUAUCAGGGACUCGCAGUGGAAACCAUCCGAUGAGGAUCUUGAUUUCUUCACCACAGCCUGCCGAGGAUUACCCAUUAUAGCCUCCAUCCGAAUACGUGAAGUCCAGAUUCGGACUGAAAGUGGUUCUCUCUUGAGAUUGGAGCUUGAAUACUUUCUGAAUCUCAUGGAUGCACCUGAGGAUCUCAACUCAGAGUAUCUGCGGAUACUGCGACGAGCAUAUAUGCCCCAUUCCUCAAACAUUCGUCCACAGGUAGCAAAGAAUUAUCGCGAGGUAGUCGGAAUGAUGGUUGCAGCAGACUGGGGAUUCAGCGUGUAUGACAUGUCACAGCUCCUAGGAAUCGCUGAGGAUGAGGUUUACUCGACACUAAAGCCCAUCAGCACCAUAGUUUAUCUUCCCUCGGACAACAGAAAGGAGGUCAAAUUUUACCACGCCACAGCAAGGGAAUUCCUUGUAGGAAAUCCCAUUGGUGAGGAACGAGACAAAGUCUUCUUUAUUAGUGAUGUGAAAGGAUAUUUUCUUGGCCCACGACUUCUUCAAAUUGUGACUAGGGCUGUUGAAAGGAAUGAGUUGGACAUUCCUACUGAACUUCCUCUGGGAGAUAGAAGGAAGUGGGAGUAUUCUCGGAGCAAGGAGCGACCCAAUCACAUCGCGUAUGCAUUCCAAUACUUGGUCGAUCACUUGGACCCUUCAUUACUCUUUUCACAAGAGUCUAAUGACUUGCAGGAAGAGUUUGAACAAUUGCUUACUCACCACCUGGUCUCAUUUGGAGCAAUGGGUGACUUGGUAUACAUAAAAGGUUCAGAUCAAGUUGAUCACAGAUUACGAUGUCUUGUGAAAGAAGCAGUGCAACUUCUGGGUACAGAGGCCCAUUUUCUAGUUGAUCCUUGGGAUAUCUAUCGAUCUCGCCUUCCAUUCACUCCAUCAUCAUCACUCAUUUACAAAUUGUAUGGGCAUCUCUCAGACCCUGUGCGCAUCUUCAGCAUAUCUGGUGAGUUUGCUGGAAACAUUAUUCCUCUAAGUGCAGGUGCACUUGUGGCUCAGAAAGUGAUGGAAUCAAGGCUCAAUCAGUUACCGAAGAAGGUUGAUAUCUUCGGUAGAAACUAUACACUGAUCAAUUAUGAGGCCGAAAUUCUUGACAAGGACAUUUGCAAUGGCAUUGUAACCUGUGCAGCCCUCUCUCUCAAUGGCCGUUAUGUUGCACUUGGAUUUGGGGGUGGAAUCAUAGAGGUAGCUGACAUUGACAAUCAGUGCACAAUCUCUCACUUCCAAAAUGAUCCUUCCAAUUCUCCCAUUUGGAUCGAAUUCAUUUACCAUGAUGGCAGCAUUCAUCUUGCAACUGAGGACAUGGAAGGAAACAUUACCAUUCUCAAUCACGGUAUGCACCCGGUGAAGCUAGGUACUCUUCCCAGGGCCCAUUAUCCUCCCUUAACUGCAGUGUCAAAUGAUGGGGCUCUAAUCAUGCGAGUUCCACAAAAUCCCAAAGAGAACUGGUAUGAGAAGAUGGCACUCUUGUGUGUUUUGGAUACCCCAUCCACUCAAUUUCUUGCAUCGCCUCCUCCCACUACUCAAUCUCCCCAUCCCUAUUCUAAUCUAGCUGGUCUUUCACGCCAUACAAUUGGAUUCUCUCCUGGAGGCCAAUAUGCCGGUGUUUAUAACAGGAGCAAUGCUUUUGUCUGGUUGACUGCUUCAUGCGAGUUGAUUGCUCGAUUUUGUGUGGAAGAUUUCAACUCCUGGAUCAUUAACACCGGCGUUAAGCCUCCAUGCUCAUAUCUCACCCCUACAUCCAUGUUCUCUCAACUGCCCACCACCCCUUUGAUACCGGAAGAGGAUGCAGCCUGUGUACAACAUCCUGGAGCAUCUUUCAGGCACAACUUGGAUGCAUCCUGGCUGAAGUGUCCCUUUUAUAACCUUGCACCAAGUAUGGGAGAUAGAGAGCGGCAUUCUGGAAUCUAUAGGCAUUCAGAAGUCUAUUCCUCUGCAGCAGGAAGGGUGCUAUUACAAUCAGGAUAUAAAUCGGUAGAAAUCUGGUUGAAUGGCAGAUCUGAGUUCUCUCUCCCACCUGAGUAUCACCCGAUUGAACAAGAUGUGCAUCUCCUUCAUGAGGAAGUUGCCUGGUAUGGUGAUCGGGUGAUUUGUUCUCAUCAUGAUGAGGAUUGCCGCUUGGUUUACCUUCCUCGGGCCAGCAAAGAUGGAACCCGGAUCCUGGUCCAAGGUAAGAUGAAAUCUCCAAUUGUCAUUGACAUCAGCCAAGUUGUUUAGUAUCACAACACAUUUUAUCAUUUCUGUCUUUACCCAAUAACUGUCAUGACAAUUUUUCAGUUCACAUAUUGUCAUUGUACAUAGCUAUGUCAGAAUGCUGUGACAUUAGGGAUGGUGUUCAAAAAGAAUAUAUAUUGUAUAGAGG